GUUGGUUAAUAUUUUCCUCGUUAAGAAGGAAAACCAGUUUCCAAAUUCAGAACCCUCGAACUUAAUGACUCGCAUAUUUUGUCGAUUGCAAAAUUGCCAGCUCUUCCAGUUGAUUGUUUCUAUUGACAUGCUUGUUCGUCACUCAUGGACAAGGGCUAAAUGCGCCGAAGAGAUUUCGAUAGUAACUAGAAAGUGUACCAAAUCAAGAAUCAGUGGCUGGAUCAUACUAUUUAUAGUAAUGGGCCAAAAGAAAUCUUACUGAAAAUGCCCUAUGAAUCAAUAUCGCUUACGGCCAAUUCAAAAUACUGGGUUAAGUU